AUGAAUGGGUGGUUCGAGCAGAAGCGUUUCUCCUACGAUCUGCUAUGGAAGGGAACGCCACCCUCGGUGGCGGUUCCAGUGUUGCUUGACUGGGAGGUCGCCGUCCAUAGUGCGGAGCCUGACCGCAACACGAGCUCCUUGGAAUGCCCCGCCGAAGCUGCCGGUACCGUGUGCAGAAGCAACCACGCCUCGUGCAUUAAAGGUGCAAGCGGCUAUAGAUGCAUCUGCGACGAGGGUUAUGACGGCAACCCCUACCUCCCCGGCGGAUGCCAAGAUAGUAUCAACGAGUGUGAAGAGCCAGGCAGUCGAUGUCUGGGUGCAUGUGUCAAUAUGGAAGGAUCGUACGAGUGCGGUUGUCCAUCAGGGACACAUCGUGACAACGCAACUGGUGGAUGCAUCACUCCUGCCACAGGUAGCUGCAAUAGGUCCUGCGGAGACGUGCAGGUGCCGUACCCGUUUGGCUUUGGGCCAUCCUACUACUGGCCAGGCUUCAACCUCACCUGCGACUAUACAAUGAGCAACAACGAGCCCCCACGUCUUCUUCUCGAUGACUAUGGCGCCUUUCGAGUCGUCGACAUCUCCCUUCAAAACACCACGGUGCGCAUCGUUGGCACCGGUGCCCUUGUUAGUGUCACCACCAAACAUGAUGGCGGCUUCAGUUUUGAUGAAGUUUUCACGGCAAAUAGAGAGACACCGUACUCACUAUCCACCUGCAAUGAGCUCAUCCUAACAGGGUGCAAUGUGAAGGCAAAGCGGACCGCCGGGGAUGAUGCCAACCCGGGCAUCAUUAGCGGGUGCUCCUCAUUUUGCUCCUUCAACGACACAGGCGGCGCCACUAACGUGAGCACUGGAGGAGAAAACAAGUACUGCUACGGCAUGGGUUGUUGCCAGUCGCGUAUCUCCAUGUCGUCGCAUGGUAUGCCCAAAAUGCUGUGGCUCGAGUGGCUUGACGAGAGCAACACAUUGGACUUAAAAACCAUGUCCUCCUAUGCGCUGAUAGCGGAGGAGGGAUGGUUCAAUCUCACAAUGCUCUCGAGUGACUCGGCAAGGAAGGUGGUUCCUAUUGUUCUACAGUGGGAGAUCUUGGAUUCAGCAUUGCCCAAAGCAGAAAACUUGAAGAGAUCAAAUUGUACGAGUUGUCCUAUGGAAGUGGCAGGCAACAUCUGCAAGAGCAAGAACAGUUACUGCAAUCUAGGGACAAGAGGCUACUCAUGCCAGUGUAGCGAUGGCUACAGCGGUAACCCGCACAUGGUCGAUGGAUGCACAGGUGGCCGCAAGUCCUUUAAAGGUACAAGUGUCAUUGUAGGAGUUGCCAGUGGGAUGGCUCUCAUACUUAUGGUUUUCGCUGGAUUAUUCAUUUUCUCCAAAUUGAAAUGUCGAAGGGCGCAAAUGUUGAAACACAAGUUCUUCGAGCAGAAUCGUGGGCAACUACUGCAACAAUUGGUGCCUCAGAGAGCUGAUAUUGCAGAAAAAAUGAUCAUAACCUUGGAAGAGCUAGAGAAGGCAACAAAUAAUUUUGAUAAAUCUCGUGAGCUUGGUGGUGGAGGGCAUGGUACUGUCUAUAAGGGGAUUUUAUCAGACCUCCAUGUUGUCGCCAUCAAGAAACCAAAGAAGGUAGUUCAAAAGGAGAUUGAUGAGUUCAUUAAUGAGGUUGCUAUACUAUCACAGAUCAAUCACCGAAAUGUCGUAAAACUCUAUGGUUGUUGUCUUGAAACUGAAGUGCCGAUGUUGAUAUAUGAGUUCAUAUCCAACGGAACCCUUUAUGACCAUCUUCAUAUUGAAGGACCAAGAUCAUUGCCAUGGGAAAAUAGGCUGCGGAUAGCAGUUGAAACAGCCAGAUCUCUCGCAUAUCUUCACUCAACAGCUUCGGUACCUAUCAUCCAUAGAGACAUCAAGUCUGUUAAUAUACUAUUGGAUGAUACUCUAACAUAAAAGGUAGCAGAUUUUGGAGCUUCAAGGUAUAUUUCUGUAGAGAAAUCGGGUUUAACAACAAUGGUGCAAGGUACAGUUGGAUAUUUAGAUCCUAUGUACUUCUACACCGGGCGGCUUACCGAGAAAAGUGAUGUUUAUAGCUUUGGAGUCAUGCUAAUAGAGUUGUUGACAAGAAAGAAGCCAUUUUCAUGUGUCUUUAGAAGGAGAUGGCCUUGUUGUACACUUUGUUUCCUUGUUUGCAAAAGGCAAUCUGUUGGAGAUACUAGAUCCACAGGUUAUGGAAGAAGGAGGAAAGGUAGUUAAUGAAGUAGCUAUACUUGCCGUAGCAUGCGUAAAACUAAGAGGAGAGGAUCGUCCAACCAUGCGUCAAGUGGAGUUGACACUGGAAAACUUCCAUUCACCCAUGCGAUAUGUCAUGGAUGGUGCGGUGGUUGAUAUAUCCGAGAAGAAUAGAACUGGAAAAAUGUCCUUACCAACUAAUGACGGAAGAAGCAACAGCG